CAGGUGGCGUCGCACCAGGAGCAGAACGUGGUUCCAGACUCUCCGUCAGUCUGGUCUGGUGCUGACCUCAGCUCUGUCUCCAGGUCUUCAACCAACAUGUCUGAGGAGAGAAAAGUGGAAGAGGAGGAAGAAGAGGAGGAACAGGAAGUGACCUGUCCUCCCAUUCCUCCAUCCUCUGCUCCCAUGGAGCCUGGAAUGUCACUCAGGAGGCGGGACCUGGUCUGCAUCGUAUGUUUCGGUAACUAUGACCUGGCCACGCGACUGCCGCGGCGACUGCACUGUGGCCACGCCUUCUGUCAGGCGUGUCUGAAGAGGCUGGACACUGUCAUCAACGAACAGGUGUGGAUCCCAUGUCCUCAGUGUCGACAGAACACUCCUCGGCCCAAGGGCGGAGCAGCAAGUCUGGACCUGGACCUGGCCUCCUUCCUGGGGGUCAAAGCCCAGCAGACCUCCUCGUCCUCCCCUUCCAGAAAAACCACCGGCAGGGAGGGGGCGCCACCUGCAGGCCCAGAGCAUGACGGGAAGCUGUGGCUGCGGAAGGAGGCGACGGAAGACAGCUGGUCUCACGGCGGUCUGGCAGAGCCGCGAUUCCACCGCUACGCUAACUGCUGUCCGCCGCUCUCCUACUGGCUGUGCUGCUGGUCAUGCUGUCCUGGGCGGGGCUAGUUUAAAGUGGGCGUGGUUUAGACAGUUUAAAUGAGGUAAAAACUUUAUUAAUACUGUGACCAUUAAUAUUCCAACACAAAUGCAGAUGUUUACAUUCAACCUCCGGGGUGGGAGGGGGGGGCAGUGGAGGGGGGGUUAAAGUUUAAAGACAGUUCAGGUUUUGUGGUGAUGUCAGAGCUGACUUUGCUGAGAGCGCCCCCUGCACAGAGAACCAGACUUCGACAGAGAAACUAUAAAAUAAAGCUCAAGCCGUUACUGUGCAGGAAUCAGUGUUUCCAUACUGGUUCUGACAGCUAGAGGGUGCUGUAGGUGCAGCCUGCUAAGAUCAUAUGCAGUAGUGUUGCUCAAAGUCCGGACCAGGGUCCACAUCUGGACCCCGGGGUGAAAAGGUUUACGUAACUGACAUCAUGCCGUGGAGCUGGUUGAUGAUCAGAUCUGGACCAGAGUUGGAGAAGCUCUGAUGUUCUGAUGUUGGACAUCAUCCCUCAUACAACCACACUGGGAAUAAAAGUGUAUUUAUUGAACUGGCCUUGUUACAAUGAUGUAUUUAUCACAGACAAAAAUGUAAAAAACACAACAUUAAUAAUAAAAUAUUGUCUUUGGAAAACAAAAAAAAACAAACCAAACUUCCAC